UGCAAUGUAUUGUGUGGGUGGGUGCCAAGGGUCUAAGCUAAGCUAGUAUCCACGGGUCAGCUUAACUAUAGCAGUCCAUCUGCCCGCUUCAAGGAAUAUCCUGUGCUGUUGAAAGGAGGUCAGGAUGACGUUCUGGCAGGAGAACUACAGCUUCAUCAAGGAUGUCUACGACAUGCGCCACCAGAAGAUGGCCGAGUGGAUGGAGAAUGUAGAGAAGGCCAUCUCCAGGAUUAUGGCUGACAAGGUUUACACCUCUGCUGAAUUCAAGAGGGAACGUGAUAACUUCCAUGCUUUGUGCAAGGAUCUUGAGCGCGCCGAGGUCAAGAAAUGGUUGGCUCACAUCCUAGAAAUCUUGAUGGCUGAGAGAGCUAAGGACCAAAGAAAUGACGAGAUGGGUAAACUUGAUAAUAUUAUCAAGAAACAUGAGGAGCUUAUCCCCACUGUAAUGAAGACCCAGGUUAUGGUAGAUCUGUACUGGAAGUGCUACGCCUAUGGUGAUGAGUUGAAGCCUCAUAUUGAGUUUCUUGAUGGUAUCAUGCUUUCAUCAACCAGAGACAUUGCUCCCUCUUGCGUUGAGAAUGUUGAUGAGUUGAUCGAGAGACAGGAGAAGUCUCUAAACCAACUUGAGACCAAGAGAGGAGUUGUCAAGGAGCUUAUUGAGAAGGGAAAAAUCAUUCUGAUGAACCCUGACAAACCCAGGUUCCUUGAAGGACAUGUCCAACGUAUUGAAGUUGGAUGGGAUGAUACCAAAACCAAGGCUCAAGAUAGACUGAAGCUUCUCCAGGAGACCAAGAAUGCAUGGGUUGGAUAUGCCGAGAACAAUGAGACCAUUGCUUCUGAGUUUGAAAAGGCAGAAGAGGAAAUCAAAAAAAUUAAGAAGAGGUUCAACCUUGUUGCAGCCAUGGAUGAUCUAAGAAAGAGGCAAGAUAUUUACAACAAAACCAACUCUGUAAUUAGUGGACUUUUCAAAUCUAUUAACGACAACCUCACCUGCAUGUCCAUCACUCUUCCUGAGGAUAAGAAAAAGAUUCUGGACAAGGAGGUCAAGGCUGUCUCUGAAAAGCUUGAAGUUGUUGGCCGCCUUGAAGAGAAGGUUAAAAAGGUUGAAGAAUUCUGCACCCAGCUCAAUUCCUUUGAUGUUUCCUUGAAGACCAUAAAUGACUGGAUGGCAACUGCUACCAGAGAAUUGGAAGAUAUCAAGGCCGCUGCUGGAACUAUGCUUCCUGAAGAUAGAGUUGCCCGUACCAUGGAUCUGCAAGAAGAUAUUGCCUCCAAGGUUGAAAUCCUGAAGACAAAUGCUGCCACUGAACUGGACCUUCUACCCCAGGGAGAAAAUGUCCCUAAGGAUGCCCAAGACUACAAGGAUGAACUCAACAGAAUAACCAAGUAUGUUACCGACCUCCAAACCCGCACCAAGAAGGAGUGUGAUAGCUUCUCUGAGGAUGUCAAAUACUGGGCUGAGUACAGAACUGGUCUCAAGGAAUUCACCCCAUGGCUGGUUAAGUCUGAAGCUAACUGCAAUGAUGGCCUUGCCAAGCCUAGCAACCUUGAUGAAGUCAAGGCACUUCAUGAGAAGGUCAGCACUUUUGACAAGACCUGCGUGAACUACCUGAAGGUCCUUGAAGCUGCUGAAGCUGCUGCUAAGAAGAUGACCACCCAUGUUGAAGCAGAUGCUGAAGUUGCAGCCCUUAAGGCCAGAUACACCAAAGUCAAAGGCCACUCUGACAGCUUUGUUUCUAAGGUUGAUACCCUCCUCAAAGAAUGGACUCUCCUGGAUAACACAGUCACAGAAUUGAACACUUGGGUUGCCAAGGACAAGUCUGCCGAAGGAGAGAACCAAUUCUCCCUGGAAAAGAUGGAAUCUACUCUGGGAGAACUCAAGAAUAUCUUCAAGCAGAAGGAGUCUCUUGUAGAGAACCUGAACAUGUAAAUGGGUUCCUUUCUCUUACAAAAAUGUCCAUGAUAAAAAGUGUCCUAAUCAACCAUCAGAAUUGGACUAAUUCACAAACCUGACUCUUUUCUCCAGAUCCCAUCCAAACACAUGCAGAUGGAUUUCAAACAAACUGUGAUGAAGUUGCCAUAAAAAAGCUGAUUGAAAAAAAAUGGCUGAAAUCCUGAUGCUCCACAAUUACCUCAAUCCGUCAGAAGUCAAGAGUUAGGUUUGUCAAAAGAAGAUUAAAAGGACACCAUUUGAACAUCAGAAAUCCUAUAACAUGAAGACGGAACUCAUUGUUUUUUUAUUGGUCAGUAUUGAUUCUUGUGGUUUUGUAAUAAUUAUAGAUAGAUAUGUUUUAAUGCAAUGCAUUCUGGAAGAUGAACAAAUAUGUAUAUAAAAUAAAUAAAUUAUAAAUAAACACG